GACCGUGACAAUUCUUGUUUCAAAUACAAACGUGUAAAUAAACAAUAAUGCACUUAUUAAAUGGUCAGUGUAGUGUCAUGCUGAUAUCCCACGGCCUGUUAUCUCUAGAUUUUAUGUGGGACCAGUAGAGGACUGUGAAUGGCAUAACGGAGAUCGAUAGGGACAAAUGAAUACUGGUUGCGAAGGAGCUUUCAUUAACGUCGCCAAGGUUUAACAGUACACAAUCGCUUUAGAAUGAAUAACAAAGGUGAAGAGGUUCGAUACAUCAGCUCAACGAAUGCAAGUGUGUAAGCCUAUUAUGAUUUUGGAGUGAGUCAAGUGCAUCACCCUACUCUACGUUGGUAAGCAUUAUUAUUUUAGCAGGUGGCUUGCGUUUAAUAGCAUAUAACAGGUCUAAUAACAGGAAAUUAAUUUUAUGAGAAACGAGAUUGGCUACGGCAAGAUGCUUUUGAAGCUUAUAAUAUUAGAUACUUAUAUUUGAUUAAAACUUGUAUCAUUGUCUGUUGAAAAGAAAAAAGAUUUAUAUCAUUGUUGUGGUUGUGAUUAUGACCAAGAAUUCAAACAAACCAAUGGCUUUUUAAAACACAUUAUUGAUGGCUGAUAAAAUGGAUGGGAAGUAAUUGGCAUAGGCAAGGUGCUUGUACAAAAAAUGUUCUGUUUAUCAAGCAUAUUUUACGUUCACUUGAAUUGAUCUUUAUUAUGGCCUGUAUGACAUUGGCCUUACACAAUUUUUAUAAAAUAUGGUUCAACCGUGCAGAUUAUCAGAAAGGAAGGAGUUCGACUUAUUAAUGGAGCUAUGGGCAGCAGAUGAAAAACUAGAAGAAAACAUUCCCAACUCGAAUUUUACAACAGUUUUCGGUGAGAUCUGCGGCUGGAUCCCGGAUUUCAGAAUCAAUUAUCGUAACACAAACGAACCAGUGCAAAAUCGGACACCAAAAUCCUUCGAUUUUUCAAGAAGGCAUCUUCUCCUUGGUUAUGCGCCGACGUCGACCAUAGAUUACGAUUUUCGCCAUUAUAACAAUACGAAGAAAUACAUUGAGCAAUAUAGGCGGCAUCACACAUGCUGCGGACCCCUUGAAAAACUUACUCAAGCGGCGAUUGGCGGGCGAUAUCGGACCGUCUACUACGCCGGAGCAGCUACGCAUAAUGCUGGCUUAAGGAUAGAUCAACGCGUAUCACAAAGUAGAACUUUUGAAGAAUCCUCAGAUAAGCUGCGGAAUCACCUUUCACACAACUUUGACGAGUCAGAGUUCGCCUCUCUAGAAAGUGUUCUCGGUAAAAAGCAAUUUUCAGCGCUAGGAAUUCCGCUGACGGUUGAAGUGCUUCGGCGACAUGCAAUCGAAGCCCAGUCAUGUUCUUCCCAAAUGAACAGACCCAAACAUAUUCACGAAAUGCCAAGUACAGCAGCUCUUAGGAAAAACAAUCUGAAUCUCACCCCAGGGAGAGAAACUCCUCCUUGCCCACAGUUACCGUACUUUCCAACUCAGACGCCAAAACAUGCACCUCAUAUUCUCCAUGAUAGACUCGGGAUGCUUGGUUAUCUAACUGGAGAUACAUGCAAACACAGGCCAUCACAUCCAUACGACCUCUAUUCACGCCUAAUCAACGCCGUCACGUAUUUACGUGCUGUCAAAGAUAAGGAUUCCCACGUAGGCUUAAUCAACGAUAGUUUAAUUCCCAUUCGAAGCAAGUCACCAAACUUAGGCAACGUUUGGGUCCGCGGCAAACGAUUGAUGACUCCUGGGAUUGUUGGUGAUGAAGAUAGCAUUUCAGAUGUCGGUUUACCUUCUUUACUAUCAAAACCAAAACCUCCAGCAACUCACCAUAUAGGUCUCAAGCUUCCGGUGUUUAUGCGCAGAAAGCGCACUACACAAACGAUACCAUCGUCUAAAGCGAUACGUGAAGGACGUGACAAAAUGUAUAGGCUGUCUCUGAAAGGAAACGCAACAGGAAAGAAAGUUGACGCAACGACGUGUGGGAGUAAUGAGAUAUGUAGGAGAACACCAACUGUGUGCCAGGGGGUUUGGUUUGAUUGUAAUGAAAGUAUAAGAUCUGAGUCGACUGGAGUGAAAGGUUAACGAAUAGAACAAGCCCCAAAUAUAUUACAGAGUUUACAUGCCACGUGAUAUCUAUUAUGCACUACGAUAUCUAUAUAUAAUAUUAGAAUAUUUAAUAUAUAAUAUAGAAUAAUAGAAUAUUUUAAUUUUUUACUGCCCAUGAUACAAAAUAAUUUCAAUUAAUUAUUACUUUUUUCAAAUACAUAUAAUAAAAACACAUGGAUAAUUGCCAACCAGAGUGUGAUAUAUUCGAUUUUAAAUAUAUUUUUAAAUAUUAUUUAAUAAUUAUAUAAUCUAAAAUAUAUUAUUAGAAAUUGUUCCAUAAUAAUUAAUGUGCAAAGUUUAUGUUAUUUGAUUUUUGUUAUGUUUGGAGCUGAAUUGAAUGUUUAUAUUGUCACGUCUACAAUUCAGUAUAUAUUACAUUUUUGCUGUGGACACUUAAUAAACAGACAUUAAAACAUAUAAAGGACGUAUAUAAAAAAUAAAUUAUAUUUCACCUAAGAGUUAUAAUUAAGAUUUCAUUCUACAUCUUCAAGAUUCAAAGACGCAGCAUGUAUCAUGUUUGUCUCUUUAGUUGAACUACACAGGCGAUGUGUGUAUAAUUAUUAUAAAUAUUAAUAUUAUUAUUAAUAUUUUGUUGCUGAUGAUAAGAAAUUUUAGCUACAGUAAUUUUUUGCCUCCUAAUUGCUACUGAAGAUUACUGUGAUAAUAUGAAAGUUAUAAUAUUAUAUGCGCGAGUUGAUACAAAUUCAAAUGACAUUUUAAAUGACACAAUGCAACUAAACUAAGACGAUAUAGCUAUAAUAUUUUGUACAACCUUUUAUUCUGUUUAAACAAGGAAAGAGUGAUUAAACCAUUAAUAUACGGAAAGAAUGUCAUAUGCAAGGCCCAAAUUAGAACCUUCAAUGCAUAGCAUAACAUACAUGUUGUACACACCAUUAAUGUAGCACUGUAACAUGCACAUGAUUUGUGGGAGUUCUGAUAGGGUAUUAUAAGUGAAUCUUAACAGACAUUAUUAAUAUCACCACUACAACAAUGCACAAUCGCCAGAAUAGUAAUGCCAUUAACCGAUACAACAAACUUCACUAAUUGCACCUUUUUCAUCAAUUUAUGUAGACAACUCUUCGAUAAACUUCCCACAACAUCAUCAUCAUCUCAACUACAUUUCUCUCAUAAUAAACAAUAUAUCCAUACACCUAUAUGUACAGUUGCACCUCCUACUAGUAGCACCAUCUUUUUAAAAUGAUAACAUCCUCAUGAUACCUUCCUCAAAUCAAUACUAUUUCAUUAUCAAUCAAUCAACACAAUCCAAAAAAAAAAAA